UGGUGGGGUGACGGGGAAGUUGUAUUGGGUUCUGUAAUGAAGGUUGAGUAGAGGUGGUAGUGGGCGUAUUUCACAUCCAGGCUGCCAUCUCUGUUAUCGGGGGGGGGGUAUAUGAAGGGUAGCGGGCUGGUUAUGUUUGGGCUAUGCGGGGUGCUAGAGAGUUGUGUAGACAGAGGUCCCAAGAUCCCUGCUCCCAACAAGUUCAGGGGCGAUGACCCCAAGACUGAUGUUGGGGACUGGGUUGCUGGGACCAGAGCCUACUUGAGGGGCUUUGUCUGUGCAGAACAGACCAAGGUGGCAACCGUUUUGGGGCUGCUGGAGAGGCCUGCACUGAAGUGGGCCACCUCAACUUCUAGCAGUCUGCAGCAGUCCAUGGAGGACUGGGCCUUUGGGUUGGGGGUAGAUAGACUUCUGCACGCCCUGGAGGACCGAUUUGCAGACAAGGAGCGGGCCCGCAAGGCUGGUGACAGGAUUGCUCGCCUGGGACAGCAGCGAUACAGUUGUACCCUGCAGGCCUUGUUUGCUGAAUUCGAGCAGCUCACCUCCACCCCUAGGUUGGUCAUGGCACCUGAUGAUAUGUUGACCAGCUUUUGCAGGGCAGCACCUGAGAAGUUCGAUGUUGCACUCUACAACGCUGGGUACAAGGACUGGAGGUCCUUUGGUCGUGCAACCCAGGAAAUGGAGGCUAAGCUCCAUGUCCAGGCCCCAUCCUCUGACAGGAGGAAAGGUGCCUUCCCUAGAGGCAACGGAAGGGGAAAGGCAGCCUUCACUCACGCGGGGUCUGCCUCAGGAUCAGAUACUGAUUCCCAGCCUGAUGUGCCUUCAGUUAAAAAGCUGCACCAGGGCAUGGAAGUUCAGCAGCUGCAGCAACCGCUGCUGGUGCGAAUUGGUGACUCUACAGUACUCAGCAUCAGGGAGAAGGUCAAGGGCAUCCAUGUGACCUUCGAUACUGCAGGAAAAGUCAGACACAGUCUGAACUUUUACAUCUUCCUUGAGCUUCCCUUUGACUUGGUGUUCUCUAUGCAGUGUUUGAGGGCAGUCAACCCUAGGAUCGACUGGCAGAUCCCUAAAGUUGAAUUACCAGACAACCAGGGGGUGUAUCAGCAAUGCAUAAUUGCUGCUGAUCACCACCCUAAGACCUCCUGCUACUGCCUGAGAGCGAGGGAGUUCCAUGCUCUCUCUCACGAGUAUCACCAUGAGCGUUUGUUUAUUGCUUGGGUCAAGCAAACAAAUGCUCCCCCUAUUUCCUGUCCUCCUGAGAUACAGCAGGUGGUAGAUCAGUAUGCUGAUCUGAUGCAGGAGUCCUUUGGACUUCCCAACCGGCCAACCAAGCAUCACAUCGAGCUGCUGCCUGGAGUGGUUCCUCCCAAGGACCGCAUCUACAGGAUGUCCCCUGCUGAGCUUGAGGAGCUUAAAAAGCAGCUUGAGACCCUGACCAACAAAACCUGGAUCAGACCUAGCACAUUUGAAUUCGGUGCACCUGUUCUCUUUGUACCCAAAGGGAACGGCGAGUUCAUGAUGUGCAUUGACUACAGGGGUCUCAACAAGAUCACUUGGAAGAGUACUGAGCCACUUCCUAGGAUCGAUAACCUCCUGGAUAUGGUGCAGGGCUGCACAGUGUUCAGCGAAGUCGACCUUAAAUCUGGCUACCACCAGAUUGAGAUGGCAGAGGAGGAUGUCUACAAUACAGCCUUCAAGACCAGGUAUGGGACCUACGAGUUUCUGGUCAUGCCAUUCGGACUUUGCAAUGCCCCAGGCACAUUCCAGACAGAGAUGCACCGCAUCUUCAGGCCUUACCUGGACAAGUUUAUGGUUGUCUACGUGGAUGAUAUCCUGGUAUUCAGCAAAACUGCCAGGGAACAUGCGGAGCACUUGGCUCUUGUCCUUCAAUCGUUACAUGACAGCCAGUACAAGAUCAACAGGGAGAAGUCCUCUUUUGGAGUUCCCUCUGUCAUCUAUCUGGGUCAUGUAAUCUCUGGAGAUGGCUUGGCUCCUGAAGCAGCCAAGAUUGCUGCUAUUCAGGAGUGGCCUCAGCCUCAGACAGUGAGGGAUGUCCGGUCCUUUAUGGUUCUUCAGCAGGAUGAUGGGAAUGGUCUACGGCCUGUAGAGUUUAUGAGUAAGAAGAUCAAGACUCAAAAGCUCCAGGACUCUACCUACAAGAAAGAGUUUUAUGCUCUUGUCUGUGCCCUGAAACAUUGGAAGCACUUUCUCUUGGGCAGACACUUCAAGAUCUUUUCAGAUCACUCCACCCUGCAGUGGAUGAAGUCCCAGGGAGAGUUGAACGAUAAGCUGGCACGGUACAUUCAGUUCAUCGACAUGUUCGACUUUGAAUUGAAACAUAAGAAGGGCUGCUACAACAAGGUGGCAGAUGCCCUCCCUCGUAUGCCUGACUCUUUUGCUCUGAUCUCCUCUACUCACUCCUUUGGAGAGGAGACCCGUCAGACCAUUGCUCGUCUGUUACCUCAGGACGAGACUUUUGGACCCAUAGUCAGGAAUCUGCAAGCAGAUCCUAACUCUGAACCAGGCUAUGCUCUGAGUUCAGACCUGCUGUAUACUUACAGCAGAGGUGAGGAGCGCUUGUGCAUUUCUCAAGACCAGCGACUCAAGACACUGCUGAUGUCAGAGUGUCAUGAUGCCCGUGGACAUUUUGGGUUCCUAAAGUCUUAUGCAGCCCUGUCGCAGCGCUUCUUCUGGAAGGAGAUGCGGAGUGAGAUGCUGCGUUAUGUGGAUACCUGUGAGCUCUGCCAAAGGAACAAGGUUCAGCGUAAACCUCCUUUGGGACUGCUCAAACCCUUACGCAUACCUGAUGGCCCUGCCCAAUCUGUGUCGACAGACUUCACAGAUUUAGGCAAGACCACCCCUCGGGGCAUGCGUCCGGUUAGGGUGUGCGUGGACAGGUUCUCCAAAUACGCAGAGUUCAUCCCCUUGCCAGAGGUAGCUAGGGUACCGGCUGUGAGAGCAGCCUUCUCUGAGAGGUGGGUCACACACCAUGAACCGCCCACUUCUAUUGUUAGUGAUCAAGAACCCAAGUUUUGCAGCGAUGAGUGGCAGUCCUACUACAAGGACUAUGUGCACUCACGACUGGACAUGACUUCUGAUCACCAUCCUGAAGCCAAUGGUUUGGCUAAAGUGAUGAACCAAGUCUUAUUCCAGCUGCUGCGUCCUGUCAUUUCUCCAGAUCACCAGGACUGGGAUCUUCACUUAGCGAGGGCACAGCUCAUGUAUAACAUGUUUGUCCACUCCUCGACAGGGUUCAGCCCCUACCGGUUACACUAGGGACAUGAACCACGACAGCCUCUCGAUGAUAUCAUCGAUAAGGCUAAGCCUGAUCUGACACCAGGCACCGCAGAGUUCACCAGACG